UUUGAAUCAAGGACCCAUUACUGAGUUGGAUAGAACGCUGAGAACUGAAGGGCCAUGGGAGCGGUGUCACUGUUCUUACUGACCACUCUGCUGUUCUACAUCACAGAUCAAGAUCUUCUUGUUGUGAGGCCAGGACGCUCCCAGUUUUUUCAAAAGGACACUGUGGAGAUCAGCUGUAAAGAUAACGGCUGGAAGGUGAAGAGAAACACUUCCAAAUCAGCCCGGACCCACUGUGAGAACUGGGCCACGUGGAACCCUCCUACCUGCACCAUCUAUGACGUACGGCCCCGAGUGGACACAGGAGUGUACUGGUGUGAGAACCCCGAGGGACAGAGCUCGGACACUGUCCACAUCACUGUCACUGAUAAACAAGUUCUUCUCCAGAGCCCUGUGCUCCCAGUGACAGAGGGACAAAAUAUGACUUUAUUAUGUCAACACAAGACUUCCUCCACGAUGUCAGCACUAUUCUACAAAGACGGACAACUACUGAAGAGGACACCUACAGCUCGAAUGACACUGCCGCAUGUGCAGAUGUCAGAUGGUGGUCGGUACUGGUGUGAGAUGGAGAGAGAGCAGUCUGAGCCCAGCCAUAUCACCGUCAUAGGCAGUGCACAGGACAAGACCAAACCCCAGACCUCGUGCCCAGCAGCAUUGACCACGCUCCCCCCUGCUCCUCCAGCCCGCCCUCCUGUGGUAGCUCUGGUGUGCCACCUGCUGGUGCUGUGCCCAUACAUCAUCUCCACUGGGCUCAUGCUGUCUCUGUACUGCCAUAAACCCACAGAAUAUGAAGACUAAGACUCCGCCCAGUCAAGACUCCUCCUGAUUAUUGCCCCAAAGCUCCAGGUCGAAGCCAAGAACAACAUUUACAGAAGACAUAUUAUGCUUUUCUUGUACAAAAGUAGAAGUAGUUUGUUAAAGUACAUAUGACACAUUUUCUUGCUUUUCUUUUAAUUAUGUUGUUUGUGGUUAAUUUUUUUUACCCAAACAGAAUCUACUCAUCUGAGAAUUUUAAAACACGAUCCGUCUACCUAUGUCAUGAUCACAAAAUAUUCCAUCAUGUAAGUGUCUCCUCUUAAAGUGUCAUUUCACUGCAAUAAACAGCAGAUUUUCAUUUACGUGUUUUUAAUUUUGAAGAUUAUCCACUAGAGAAUUUUAACCAUCACUGUUUAAUGCAUAAUCUGUAAAACUAAGACAUUUCACACAACCAGCAUAUAGUUCUUGUAUUAUGAUGUUAUUUUUUUUGUCUGAUAAUACAGUUUUACAUAUCAAAGCCACAAUUUACUGGGACUAAAA